UGCUAAUGCCCCAGCUUUCAGAGAGCAGCAGGCUCUGUUUACACAGCCUUCCGACAGCAGCCGGUUCUCCUGCUGUGCUGAGAACAAGGUGUGUGUGAGGCUGAAUGCGCGCUCAAAGUUAGGAGGAACCGCAGAGCCAGUGUGUGUUAGUGUGAAUGUGAAGAGAACCUGUGCUGCCCUAAAGGUUUCUACUUUGCUGAGAGGAGUGUGGCAAAGACUUCAGAACAAGAGGUGAAGAGAAGAGAACAUUUUGUUCUUAGUAAAUACAACUUUUCCACCCUUGCACAUGUUACUGCUUUUUCAGUGAAGAAGUGAGAGGGGGACGAAAACAAAGGAGGAAUAAUUUUUUGAAAGUGGAAGAUAGGAUGGCGUGUUCUGCCUUUACACUCUGGUAGAGAAGAAGGACUGGGAUUUUAGGAGGAAAAACUGUGUCUAUAAAAAGCUGGUUUGGGAUUUUACAGAAUUUUCUUCAACUGAAACCUAUAGAUUAUUGAGUGGAAUCUACGAGUAGAUAGCUAGCUCCUGUCCUGGGGACAGCCCUGCUGGCCUUGUGCUAUGCUGGAGAGCCCACUGGUGCAGGCACGCUGCAGAGCUCCAUACCCAAGGAGGUGAUUUAGGCUGAGAAAGGGAGAGCUCCAACAUGGAGCUGGACCACCAGAGAGCAAAGGAGCCCUGUCUCUCCCCGGCAGCGUUUGUUAACCAGGUGCAGUACUCCAACAUCCUGGAGGGGAGGUUUAAACAGCUGCAAGAUGAGCGUGAAGCAGUGCAGAAGAAGACCUUUACUAAGUGGGUGAACUCUCACCUGGGCCGUGUGACGUGCCGCAUCGGGGACCUGUACACUGACCUGAGAGAUGGACGCAUGCUCAUCCGCCUGCUGGAGGUGCUGUCAGGAGAACAGCUGCCGAAGCCCACUAAGGGGCGUAUGCGUAUCCACUGCCUGGAGAACGUGGACAAGGCCCUGCAGUUCCUCAAGGAGCAGAAGGUCCACCUGGAGAACAUGGGCUCCCACGACAUCGUGGACGGGAACCACCGCCUCACCCUGGGCCUCAUCUGGACCAUCAUCCUUCGCUUCCAGAUCCAGGACAUCAGUGUGGAGACUGAGGAUAACAAGGAGAAGAAGUCAGCCAAAGAGGCUCUGCUGCUCUGGUGCCAGAUGAAGACCGCUGGGUACCCCAACGUCAACGUUCACAACUUUACCACCAGCUGGAGAGAUGGCCUGGCGUUCAACGCCAUCGUGCACAAACACAGACCGGAUGUGAUUGAGUUUGACACCCUGAAGCGGUCCAAUGCCCACUAUAACCUCCAGAAUGCCUUCAACACAGCAGAGAAUAAGCUAGGCCUCACCAAACUCCUCGACCCAGAAGAUGUCAACGUUGACCAGCCAGAUGAGAAGUCCAUCAUCACCUAUGUGGCCACCUACUACCACUACUUCUCCAAGAUGAAGGCCCUAGCUGUGGAGGGCAAGAGGGUUGGCAAGGUGCUGGACUAUGCCAUUGAGGCUGACCAGCUGGUAGGGAACUAUGAGAGCCUGGCUUCAGAGCUGCUGCAGUGGAUUGAGCAGACCAUCCUCACUCUGAAUGACCGGCAGCUGGCCAACUCCCUAAACGGUGUGCAGAACCAGCUGCAGGCCUUCAACACCUACCGCACAGUGGAGAAACCCCCAAAGUUCACAGAGAAAGGCAACCUGGAGGUGCUGCUGUUCACCAUUCAGAGCAAGAUGAGAGCCAACAACCAGAAGGUGUACAUUCCCAGGGAGGGAAAGCUCAUCUCUGACAUCAACAAGGCGUGGGAGCGUCUGGAGAAGGCAGAGCACGAGCGGGAGCUGGCGCUGAGGAACGAGCUGAUUCGACAGGAGAAGCUGGAGAUGCUUGCUGCUCGCUUCGACCGCAAGGCCGCCAUGAGGGAAACCUGGCUGAGCGAGAACCAGCGGCUCGUCUCUCAGGACAACUUUGGCGUGGACCUGGGAGCGGUGGAGGCUGCCACGCGUAAACACGAGGCCAUCGAGACGGACAUCGGGGCGUACGGGGAGCGUGUGGCGGCCGUGGAGGCGGUGGCCAGGGAGCUGGAGGCAGAGAACUACCAUGACGUGCGUCGCGUGCUGGCGAGGAGGGACAACGUGCUGCGGCUGUGGGAGUAUCUGAAGGACCUGUUAGCCGCUCGCAGGGAGAGACUCCACGCACACCGAGACCUGCAGAGACUGCUGGAGGAGAUGAGAUACAUCAUGGACUGGAUGGGAGAGAUGAAGGGUCGUCUGCAGUCCCAGGACAGUGGGAAGCAUCUGCAUGAUGUGGAGGACCUGCUGCAGACUCACAACCUGGUGGAGGCAGACAUCUCAGCCCAGGCAGAGAGGGUCCGCGGGGUCCAGAGAGCUGCUCAGCGCUUCACCUCCGACCAACAGGUCUACAAGCCGUGUGAGCCGGCGCUGGUGGGAGAGAAGGUGUCUCUGCUGGGCCGGGCCUAUGAGGAGCUGGGCCAGCUGGCUGGUGAGCGGAGGGAGCGCCUGGAGGCCUCACGGCGCCUCUGGCAGUUCCUGUGGGAAAUGGGAGAAGAGGCGGCCUGGAUCAGAGAGCAGGAGCAGAUCCUGUCAGGAGGAGACUGUGGCCGCGACCUCACCUCCGCUCUGCACCUCCUCAGUAAGCAUGAGGCCUUCAGGGACGAGAUGGCAGCCCGCUACGGUCCUCUCGGCCACAGCAUUGCCGCCGGACAGACCCUGGUGGAGGAGGGACACUUUGGAGCCCCAGAGUGCACUGAGAGGAUCAGGGACGUACGUGCUCAGUGGGCACACCUGGAGGAGACGUCCCAGCUGAGGGAAGUGCAGCUGAAGGAGGCGGUGGCCCUGCACCAGUUCCAGACUGAUGCCAAUGACAUGGAGGCCUGGAUCUUGGAGACGCUGCGCCAGGUGUCCAGCCAGGAGGUGGGCCACGACGAGUUCUCCACCCAGACCCUAGCCCGCAAGCAGAGAGAGGUGGAGGAGGAGAUCCAGAGCCACCGCACCCUCAUCGACUCCCUGCAUGAGCAGGCCCUCAGCCUGCCCCCGGUCCAUGCAAACUCCCCUCAGGUGGAGGGGCGUCUGCCUGCUAUUGAGCAGCGCUAUGAGGAGCUGGAGUCUCUGUCUGCAUCGCGGCGUCAGGCCCUGGAGGGGGCCCUGGCCCUCUACCGCAUGUACAGCGAGGCGGGCGCCUGCCAGCUGUGGGUGGGGGAGAAGGAACAGUGGCUGGACGGCAUAAUGAUCCCCACCAAACUGGAAGACCUGGAGGUGGUGCAGCAGAGGUUCGAGACCCUGGAGCCUGAGAUGAACAACCUGGGGACUCGUAUCUCUGAUGUCAACCAGGUGGCCCUGCAGCUCCUGGGAUCAGACAACCGCAGCAAAGAGCAGAUCCACCAGACACAAGACCAGCUUAACAACAGGUGGAAGGAGUUCCAGCGUCUGGCGGACCAGAGGAAACAUGCCCUGGAGUCGGCCCUCAACAUCCAAAACUACCACCUGGAGUGUAACGAGAUCCAAAGCUGGAUGAGAGAGAAGACCAAGGUGAUCGAGUCCACCGAGAGCCUGGGCAAUGACCUGGCUGGUGUCAUGGCCCUGCAGCGCAAACUCACCGGCAUGGAGAGAGACCUGGAGGCCAUUCAGGGUAAGUUGGACGACCUGAGAAAUGAGGCAGAGAAGCUGGCUGAGGAGCACCCGGACCAGGCCGAGGAGAUCCAUGCCCACCUGGGGGGGAUCCAGGAGGUGUGGGAGGAGCUCAACGCCACCAUGAAGCGUCGUGAGGAGUCUCUGGGCGAAGCCAGUAAGCUGCAGGGAUUCCUCCGGGACCUGGAUGACUUCCAGUCCUGGCUUUCCCGCACGCAGACCGCUGUGGCGUCCGAGGACAUCCCCACCUCGCUGCCAGAGGCUGAGUGCCUGCUCUCCCAGCACGAGAGCAUCAAGAACGAAUGGGACAACUACAAGGAGGACUAUGAGAAGAUGCGGGCGGUGGGUGAUGAGGUGACCCAGGGCCAGACGGACGCCCAGUACAUGUUCCUGGCCCAGAGGCUGCAGGCGCUGGACACCGGCUGGCAAGAUCUGCGCCGCAUGUGGGAGAACCGCCACAGCCUGCUGGCCCAAGCUUUCGACUUCCAGACCUUCCUGAGAGACGUCAAGCAGGCUGAGGGCUUCCUCAACAGCCAGGAGUAUGUGCUGUCUCACACUGAGAUGCCCUCCAGCCUGCAGGGAGCAGAGGAGGCCAUCAAGAAGCACGAGGACUUCCUGACCACCAUGGAGGCCAGCGAGGAGAAGAUCACAGGCGUGGUGGAGGCUGGACGCCGCCUGGUCAACGACCUCAACGCCAACUCUGACAAGAUCCAGGAGAAGGCCGACUCCAUCCAGGAGAGACAUCAGAAGAAUAGGGAAGCUGCAAAUGAACUCCUCUCUAAACUGAAGGACAACCGUGAACUUCAGCACUUCCUGCAGGACGGACAGGAGCUGACUCUGUGGAUCAAUGAGAAGAUGCUGACAGCUCAGGACAUGUCGUAUGACGAGGCCAGGAACCUCCACAGCAAGUGGCAGAAACACCAGGCCUUCAUGGCUGAGCUGGCCUCCAACAAGGACUGGCUGGACAAGAUCGACAAGGAGGGCCAAGUGCUGGUGACAGAGAAGCCGGAGCUGCAGCCUGUUGUCCAACAGACUCUUGAAGGCCUGCAGAGCCAGUGGGAGGAGCUAGAGAGCACUACGCGCGCCAAGGCACAGUGCCUCUUCGAUGCCAACAGGGCGGAGCUUUUCACCCAGAGCUGCUCUGCCCUGGACAUUUGGCUGAAGAACCUGUCAGGACAGCUGCAGAGUGAUGACUUCGGAAAGGAUCUGACAUCCGUCAACAUCCUGCUCAAGAAGCACCAGAUGCUGGAGCACCAGAUGGAGGUGCGUGAGAAGGAGGUGCAGUCGCUGCAGUCCCAGGCGCUGGCGCUGUCCCAGGACGAUGCUGGUGUGGCGGUGGUGGAGGUGGACGGCCAGCAGAGGAGAGUCACUGACAGCUUCUCUCAGCUCCAGGACCCCCUCAACCAGAGGAGGCAGCAACUGCUGGCAUCCAAGGAGGCCCACCAGUUCAACAGAGACCUGGAGGAUGAGAUUCUGUGGGUGAAGGAGAGGAUGCCCCUGGCCACCUCCACAGACCAUGGCAAGGACCUGCCCAGUGUACAGCUGCUCAUCAAGAAGAACCAGACUUUGCAGAAGGAGAUCCAGGGCCACCAGCCCCGUAUUGAUGACAUCCAGACCCACCACCGGGGUAUGUCCCCAGGGAAGGAGGAGGUGGACGGGGAGUGGCAGUCUGCUCUGGAGCAACGUCUGGUGGAGCUCCGGGACUCCUGGGCCCAGCUCAUCGCUGAGACAGAUGAGCGCCACGCCCGGCUAGUGGAAGCUAACCGCGCCCAGCAGUUCUACACCGACGCUGCCGAGGCCGAGGCCUGGAUGGGAGAGCAGGAGCUACACAUGAUGUCAGAGGACAAGGCCAAGGAUGAGCAGAGUGCUCUAGUGAUGGUGAAGAAGCACCAGACAUUAGAACAGGCUCUGGAGGACUACGCCCAGACCAUCCACCAGCUGGCCAACAGCAGCCGCACCAUGAUGACUAGCGAACACCCAGAGAGUGAGCGUAUCAACCUACGGCAAGCCCAGGUGGACAAGCUGUACGCAGGGCUGAAGGACCUGGCUGAGGAGCGUCGUGGGCGUCUCCAGGAGAGGCUGAGGCUGACCCAGCUGAAGAGAGAGGUGGACGACCUGGAGCAGUGGAUCGCUGAGAGGGAGGUCGUGGCUGGAUCCCAUGAGCUGGGACAGGACUACGAACAUGUCACAAUGCUGCGGGACAAGUUCCGGGAGUUUGCUCGGGACACCAGCACCAUUGGCCAGGAGCGCGUGGAUGCCGUUAACGGUCAGGCCGAUGACCUCAUCGAGUCGGGUCACCCUGAAAACGCCAGCGUGGCAGAGUGGAAGGACGGUCUGAACGAGGCAUGGGCCGACCUGCUGGAGCUGAUCGACACGCGCACCCAGAUGCUGUCCGCCUCCUACGAGCUGCACCGCUUCCACCAGGACGCCCGCGAGGCCAUGGGGAGGGUCCGGGAGAAGAAGGAUGCGCUGCCCUCUGACCUGGGCCGUGACCUCAAUACCGUCCAGCACCUCCACCGACAGCACAAUGCCUAUGAGCACGACAUCCAGGCCCUCAGUGGACAGGUGAACCAGGUGCAGGACGACGCAGCGCGGCUGCAGAAGGCCUACGCUGGGGAGAAGGCUGAGGAGAUCCACCGGAGUGAGCACUCUGUCACUGAGGCCUGGGAGGGUCUGCUGGGGGCCGGCCAGGCUCGCCGACUCCUCCUGCUGGACACCGUGGAGAAGUUCCGCUUCUUCAACAUGGUGCGUGACCUCAUGCUGUGGAUGGACGGGGUCAACCUGCAGAUCGACGCCCAUGACAGCCCCAGGGACGUGUCCUCUGCAGGGCUGGUCAUAGCCAACCAUCAGGACAUCAAGUCCGAGAUCGAGACCCGGGCAGACAGCUUCACCGCCUGCAAUGAGAUGGGACACUCUCUCAUCAACAACAACCACUAUGCAGCUGAUGAGAUCCGGGAGAAACUGCACCAGCUCCAAGGCAAGAGGGACGAGAUCAACAACAAGUGGCAGGACAAGAUGGACCACCUUCAGAUAGUUCUGGAGGUGCUGCAGUUUGGCCGGGAUGCAUAUGUGGCAGAGACAUGGCUGGCAGGCCAGGAGCCCCUGGUGCGUGGGGCGGAGCUGGGCUCUAACGUGGACGAGGUGGAGAGCCUGAUCAAACGCCACGAGGCCUUUGAGAAGCUAGCCGCCGGCUGGGAGGAGCGCUUCACCCUGCUGGAGAAACUCACUACGCUAGAGGAGCAAGAGAUCCAGAGACAGAGAGAGGAGGAGGAGAGGGCGAGGCGACCCCCCACACCACCACCUACAGAAGUGGUGGCCCCAUCUGAGGCUGAAACGCAUGAUGCCAGGACCAGCCUGGACCAGACCACACUGAACCAGUCAGUAUCAGUAAACGGAAUCCACAGCGACCAGGACACCUCACAGUCUUUAUCAGUAUCAUCAGUGUCAGUGGGAAAGAAAGAGAAAUGUGAACCUGUCUCUAAACCUGUGUCUAAGCCAAAGCAUCCGCCGCGUGGUUCUGACUCUGACUCUGUGAAUGGUCCGGGGAGAGACAGCGGGCUUGCGUCUUCACGCCUGGACCCGUCUGCCACGCUACCCAGCAAGAGAGCUGACCCUGGCACAGAUGCCAUGGAGGGCAUGCUCUACCGCAAGCAGGAGAUGGAGUCCCACGCCAAGAAGGCAGCUAGCAGCUUCUCUCUCUCUUCCCAUAGGUCCUGGCAGAAUGUGUACUGUGUUCUGCGUAAGGGCAGCCUUGGCUUCUACAAGGACCAGAAGAGCGCCUCCAGUGGGAUCCCCUACCACGGAGAAGUCCCCAUCAGCCUGGGAGAGGCUGUGUGUGAGGUGGCACACGACUACAAGAAGAGGAAACACGUCUUCAAGUUACGGCUAGGGGACGGUAAGGAGUUCUUGUUCCAAGCUAAAGAUGAGACGGAGAUGGCCUCGUGGAUCCACUCCAUUCAUAGCGCCAUCCCAGCAGGGGGAUCAGGAGACCACUCCCCCGGAGGCCCCAGGGCCCUGAACCGAGCCAUGACUAUGCCCCCCAUCUCCCCCAGCUCAGCAGACGCUGCCGGGGUCACCAUGCGCAACAAGGAGGGCAAGGAGAGGGACCGGGAGAAGAGGUUCAGCUUCUUUGGAAAGAAGAAAUAAAACAUUUGUAAAACAACAAAAUCAAGGAAAAUUAUAUUCCUCAAAAUUCCAACAAACUGAAACAGGCAGAAAUGAAAGCACUCUUGUCGCAUAAACGCAUCGCUGUCGGUCGGGGUCCUGAGGGGUUUGUCUAAUUUCUGGCUCACACAGAGCUUGCUCUUUCUCGCUCUCUACUCUCUAUUUUCAUUUGUCAUCUCUUUCUCUUUUAUAUCUCUCUUGCCUUCUCCAUCUCUCACAUUUAGCUUCAUCCUACCAAUGUAAGCCCUUGUCCAUAGCUUUAGUUGCAUUUUCAGCCGAUACGCAGGGUUUGUUGAUCAGAGUCACUAAUAAGAACUCUCUUUGACCUCAUCAUCGGGGGAAACCAAGGGGUUUGUUGGGCGAGGAGAGGGCAGGGGGUGGUUAGCAUUAGCAGAACAGAGAGGCUAAGAGGACCCUCAAAGUCAAUUCUCUUUCAUUCACCCACACUGGAUAAAUUGUUGGUUUAAAUUAGUCCUGGCUCAAACAAUCUUUAGACAAGCAAAAUACUUUAAUGCUAUUUUACCAAUAACAGAGAAACUGUUGUAAAGAGUGCUGUCCCCUCUUCCAGUCUCUCCUUUUCUCUAUCGUGCUCCUUGGGAAGCCCCAUAUCUUUUCUUUUGGUAUUGGUGUUAUUAUAAUUAUUAUUUAUCUUUUUGCUGUUGCAGGUUUUGAGGGGGGGAAAUUGAAAUAAAUCAUUUAAAGAGUAUGUCAGUAGAUUUCUUGAGUCAUGUUGCAGAGCAAAACAAGAGUUUGAUCUACAGGACCAUGUUGGUCUUGUUCUUUUGUUGAGGAAAGACCGUUAUUGAGGUGUUUAAACAAAUUCAGCUCAGUAAAUUUUAGCAGUGUGCAGUAAGUGAUUUUCACCAGUGGGAAAUUAUAUAUAUUUAAAGUGGUUUUAUUUUAACUUGGAUCUUGCCUGUAUUUGAUUUUGUUCUUCUGAGGGAUUAUUUCUGAUUUUGAAUUUUGUUGUUUCUUUUCAAACCAGAGAGAGUUUGUAUUCUAGUAAGGGUGAGAGUGGGAGUUAUGGUGAUGUGGGUUUUGCAUGUGUGUGUUUUUUUUUUUGUUAUUCUAAAUCCGAAGCGUCCAGUUGGAUGCUGCUUUUCUGACUUAACAUACACACACACACUCACCAUAUAUAUAUACACACACACACACACUCACCAUAUAUACACACACACACACACACUCACCAUAUAUACACACACACACUCACCAUAUAUACACACACACAUGCACACACUCACCAUAUAUACACACACACGCUCAAAGAAGUUGUUGGGAUGGCUUUCUUUAAGGAUUCUUUUUUUGUUUUUUUUGUUUGAAUAUGUAGAUGACAAUGCUAAUUAAUUAAACAUUCCUCCUAGAUGA